AUGUUUCUUCAGACGAAGUUCAAGUAUUUCUUUGCGUUAAUUUGUUUUAUAAAAUCAUCAAAAGCAUUAGAUUGGCGUGUCUUCGGUGGACAGGAUUUGCGUUACGAGUUGCAUACUUCUUUAGUAAAACUAGAAGUGCAUGCAUUGAGAGAAACAUAUUGCAGUGGAUCAAUUAUCAGCAAUAAUUGGAUAAUAUCAUCAGCGCAUUGCAAAGAACCAGGUACAGUCUCUAUAACCGUACUCCACGGUUCCAGAAAUGGCUUAACAGCUAUCGCCACUGUUUACAACAAGGAUAUAAUACAACAUCCAAAUUAUAUACCUAAAUUGACUACUCCACAAAAUAUCGGUAUUGAUGUUGCAUUAUUGCGUAUUAGACAAUCUAUAAUUUUCGGUCAGAAUAUAAAUGCGAUUAAUUUAGCUACAUAUGGGGCUUCAGUUGGUGAGACUGGUAUUAUCGCUGGCUAUGGACAUACAGAACCUAAUCUUAAAGCACCAAGAGAAGGACCAGUAGUUAUAACACAUUGUCCAGUCUUCGUUAGUAAUGUAAUUUGUACCCAAGGUCCUGUGAGAGCAGGACACGGUGAUUCAGGAGGACCUUUGAUCUUGAAUGGAAGAAUGGUCGGAAUAAUAGCUGGUUUUGGAGAGUCAGAAGUAUACCUAACAGCUCCUAGAGAAGGUAUUGUGAUCAUAGAUUCAUGUCCAGAAAAAUCCAGUGAAAGAACUAGAAAUAUUUGUACCAUAGGUUCUGUUAGAGCGGGAUCAGGAGAUUCUGGAGGACCGUUGAUUUAUAAAGGGAAAUUAGCCGGAUUAACAUCAGGUGGAUGUGUGAAUGUUAGAAAAAAUAACAUGUGUUUGACUGUAUACGCUAGUGUGGAAAGAAAUAUUGGAUGGAUAUCAGCAAUCGUUAGUAGUGUCUAA